AUGGAGGCUGCGGGGCUGCCCCAGGCCAGGAGGCAUUACCUGGAGGCCCUGGGGAGGCUCUUGCCUCACCUCUGCUUCUUUUCCUCCCUGGUGAUCUACGCGCUGGUGGGAGCUGCCCUCUUCUCCGCCAUCGAGGGCGGCCAGGACCUUCUGGCAGACCAGCAGGAGUUUGAGGAGUUCUUGAAGAAUCUCUGCAGAAUCCUGGAGUGCAAUGGAACAGUGGAGGGAGUCAGGAAACAGAGCGUCCAGGAGCAGCUGAAGAAGGUGAAGCCGCAGUGGCUGAAGGGGUCUGCAGACUGGUCCUUCCUGAGCUCGCUCUUUUUCUGCUGCACAGUGUUCACCACUGUGGGUUACGGCCACAUCUACCCCGUCACCAGGCUGGGCAAGUACCUGUGCAUGCUCUAUGCUCUCUUUGGCAUCCCCCUGAUGUACCUGGUUCUCACAGACACUGGUGACAUCCUAGCCACCAUCUUAUCCAAGUGGUACAACAGAUUCCGGAAACUUCUCUUCCUAAGCCCUCACCUCUCCACGUGGUGCUCACGUCUGCUCUGCAGGAGAACACCUGACCUCAAGUCUGUGGAGAAAGCUGCCCCGAGGAUCAUCAUCAAUUCCGAAGAGCUCCCAGGUCCCAAACCUGGCAGGUGUCCUUCAGCCCAAAGCCACAACAAGGAACUGUUUGAGCGACUUCUGGCACAAGAGAAGCAGAAUAUGCUGAAGCUGCCCUCACCAGCCAUGGAGAGGAGUAACUCCUGUCCCGAACUGGUGUCAGGGAAACUCUCCCACUCCAUCAUCAGCAACCUGGAUGAGGUCGGGCGGGGGUUGGAGACGUUGGACGUACCCCUCCCCAUCAUCGUCCUUAUUGUUUUUGCCUACAUAUCUUGCGCAGCCGCCAUUCUUCCUUGCUGGGAGAAACAGCUGGACUUUGAGAAUGCCUUUUAUUUCUGCUUUGUCACGCUGACCACCAUCGGGUUUGGGGAUACCAUUUUAGAACACCCUAACUUCUUCCUGUUCUUCUCCAUUUAUAUCAUCAUUGGGAUGGAGAUUGUGUUUAUUGCUUUUAAGUUGGGGCAAAACAGGUUGAUUCACAUCUACAAAAAUCUUAUGCUUGUCUUUGCAAAAUGGAAAUUUUACCACUCUGCUAAAAAGUGA